CAGCUGCGAGCCGAGUUUUGGCGGUUAAAUAUUUUAUUUUAACUCUAAAAGAAAAAUUUAAAUUUAAUAUUUACUCUCGAACUACUUAGGUUGAUAAAACAACAUAUUAUUUCAUUUAUCAGGUUUGUUUUAUUUAAAUCUUCUGUGUUAUUGGGAUAAAUUUCACUAAGUUGUAUUAGGUGAAUCGUCAAGAUAAAAACCUUCGAAAAUAUAACGAGCUAGUUAAGUUAAAGUAAACAAGCACAAUGGGUGAUUAUCCGGAUCCUGAUGAAGAAUUUGAGCUGAUGUAUUCAGACGAGCUCGAUUUAAUACGUGACAUGGAUGAACAUUCAGAUUCGAAUCCGGUUCGAAAAAAAUUAUUGCCCGCAAAGAGAAGCUUAGAUUUUUCAAGUCCUAUUGCUAAUAAGAUUCCAGUUGUUAACGAAACAUGUAACACUAAUGCUCCCAGCAAUGAAAAUGUUUCAAUCAGCUUAACUCCAAGCUUAACAGCUUUAGAUGACGUCCUUUCUCCAAAUGUCUCCAACAAGAGAACAGUUGAGGAUUUAUUCGGUGAUAUUAAUGAUAUUGAUUUUGAUAAUAUACAAUUGCCGAGUAAAAGACAGAAAACCGAGGAAGAAAGUGACAUGGAGCUAAUUGAUAAAAUAAUUGAAAGUAGAAAACUGAGACAAAUACUUGCUGAGCCAACUUCUAGAGGUAUAGCUGAUAGUGGUCCAGAUUAUGAUAUAAAUGAAAAUCUGACUACCAAUGUUCCAACCUGGCCUUUUAUGUCCUUUACAACAUGGAAUGGUGAUCGUGUUUAUGUGAGAUUGGAGUGUGAAGAUUUAUGGGAAAAGUCUUUGGAUGCUGUAACCAACCAGCUAUCACUGAAAACAACAUAUGCAUCUGUAUGGGAAGAAGCUAGAAAAAUUCUAGAAACAAAGAAACAGCAGCAGGAAACACCUGACGUAUUUGAGGAAAUAAAUACGAAUGAAAAUGUAAAUGAAUUAUGGGUAGAGAAGUACAAGCCAAAAUCAUAUGUGGACUUGUUGUCUGAUGAACCAGUUAAUCGGACUGUUCUACAUUGGCUGCACUUGUGGGAUAAGGUGGUAUUCAAGAAGGAUGUGAAAACAAAAGAACCACAUCAACGUAAUGCAUUCAGCAAGCGUACAGGACAGUUUCAAUUAAGUAACAAAUGGAAGGGUAAAAAAGAAGAUGAACCAGAAUUAGAUGAUGAUGGUCGUCCACAUCACAAAGUGGUACUGUUGUGUGGACCUCCAGGUGUUGGGAAGACAACACUGGCACAUCUUCUGGCUAAAUUGGCAGGUUACAGACCAGUUGAAUUAAACGCAUCAGACGAGAGGAGUACAGAAGCCUUCCAGACAGCGUUACAGAGCGCCACACUCAUGCAGUCGGUCUUAGAUAGGGAGAGACGACCUAACUGCCUUGUGUUAGAUGAAAUCGACGGUGCUCCGAUACAAACCGUGGAGUUGUUAGUGAAGUGGUGUACCACUAGCGUAAAGAAGGAGGAAGGCAAGAAGAAAAACAAGACGCAGCCCCUAAAGCGACCCGUUAUUGCGAUUUGCAACGAUUUGUACGCUACCUCGUUAAGACCUCUGAGGGCGUGCGCGCUGGUGGUGGCGGUGCGCGGCGCGGGCGCGGCGCGCGUGUGCGCGCGGCUGCGGCGCGUGGCGCGCGCGGAGGGCGUGCGCGUGUCGGCGCGUGCGCUGGCGGCGCUGGGCGCGCGCGCCGGCGGGGACGUGCGCGCCGCGCUGCAGCUGCUCGCCUUCCUCAAGGGCCGCUUCGAUGGGACGAUAAAUAUAGAAGAUGUAGAGAACGCAGCGAUCGGUACCAGAGACAAUACUACGAGCAUGAUGCAAGCGCUGCAAGCUAUUUUUACCAUAAACGAUAACAACCCAAAUUCUAUUCUGAAAACUAUUCAAGCAGCGGGAGAAUAUGAUAGAAUAAUAGAAGGAAUAUUCGAGAACUAUCUCGCAGCGAGAGUGGACUCGAGAUUGCUCAUCGCUUGCGAGACGACAUCGUGGCUGCGACUGUACGACGCCAUCAACACCUGGAUCCAGCGAAACCAGAACUACUCGAUGUACUCCUUCCUACCGCUCUGCAUAGCGAGGUGUCACGGUUUGUUGGCUUCGAGGCAGACGACGAAAGUGAAGUUUCCCCUGCAGGCACAGGAGACGGCGCGGCGGCGCGCGGAGCUGGAGAGCGCAGUGUGCGGCGUGCGCGCGGCGCGGGCGGACGUGUCGCGCCUGGCGCUGCGCCUCGACCUGCUGCCGCUGCUGCCCUACGUGCUGUCCCCCGCGCUGCGCUCCGCCAACGUGCAGCUGUGCAGCGAGUCCGAGCGCAAGUCGCUGCGCACGUGUGCGGGCGCCAUGUGCGACUACGGCCUGCGCUACACGCAGCAGCGGACGCUCGAGGGCCUGUACGCCUUCGUGCUGGAGCCGGACAUAUAUAAAGUCGCUUUCUUUGGUACCGAAGAGAGGAUAAGACCGCCCCCCGCCAUCCGACAAGCGAUCGCGCGCGAACAACAACUUGAAGUUAUAAGGAGAAACGAAAAUAUGAUGAACCGGAUGGGCAAUAAAACUCAAAGUUCCGAAGUUAAACAGAAGACUGACAAACAGACGGUGAAUAGAGACGCUACCCAGCUACCGAAUCACCUGCAAAGGCUCCAGCCGAAAGUCAUCGAGAAGAAAACUACUACGCAAGUUCAUAAGGACUUCUUCGGGCGUAUUGUUCCUAUAUCUCAAGUACAUAAACAAGAUGCUGUAUCCGAUGUCAUAUCUUCGAGCGACGUGUUCUACCAGUAUAGAGAAGGAUUCAACAACGCGGUGCGUCGCAAUGUCCGUCUUCGUGACUUAUUAUAACAUAUUAUAUCUGUCAAAAAAUAUAUUUAGUAUAUUAUCAUCAUUAUCAGGCAAUCGUAAUCUGCUGUCACAGACCUCAUCCAAGGUGUGCCAAAGCUCCCGGUUCUCCGUUUGGUCCUACCAGCAUCAUAAUAAAGUAAAUUUAAUUUUACAAUUGAAAUACUUGGUCACCAAUCUGGGUUAACACCAACUCAUCAGUUAUUCCAAUCAAUAAUACUUCUUAUUACUGUGUUCCGACACAAAUGUAAGUGUCAGAGAGUCAGUUUAGUGGCCAAAGUUGGUGCUAUAUUGUUGAUGUAAAGAAUUGUUUAUCACUCUUGUAGUUCCUACAAUAAAAGUAAGUGGAAAUUUAAAAUUAACCUGUUUACUGUAGUGUAUUUCAUUGUGUGAGUAAGUAAGUAACAGGCUGUUAAUAUCCCACUGCUGGGCUAAGGCCUUUCCGAUUGAAGAGAAGGUUAUCCACCACGUUGUUCCAUUGCGGGAUAGUGGAUACACAUGUGGCAGAAUUUCGUAAAUAAAAUUGAG